AUGGUUCGCUCAUGUGGACACGGGAUCCCUGCCGGGGUCUUUGUGGGCACCCUGCUACUCUUAAUCCACUCUGUCACAGUUAGAGGAGCUGCCCUGAAGCAGGAGGUGGCAUUGGACAACGGGGCCACGUUGCUGAAUCACUCCAUGAGUUUGGUGCAACGUAUGGAGAACCUGCUGGCCCUGGGGAACAGCAGUGAUGUCACUCUCCGAGUGCAGACCAUCAGCACGGACGAGGUGAAGGUGAUCCAGGCCCACAGCCUGGUUCUCACGCUGCAGAGCGACGUGUUUGAGGAACUGCUGCUCAGUCGCAACAGCAGCACUGUGGUUUUGAGGGAGACGCCCGACUGUGCAGCUGUCUUUGACAAGUUUGUCAGGUAUCUGUACAGCGGUGACAUCUCAGUACGGCUGGAUCAGGCCAUUUCUCUGCAUAAGCUGGCCAGCAAGUAUCAUGUGUGGGGUUUACAACAAGGUCUGACCCAGUAUAUGACCCAACAUCUGUCUAGUGAUUCGCCCACCGGCCAUGUGAUUGGCUGGUACAACUAUGCAUUACAAAUUGGGGACAUAGUCCUGCGGGACAGCUGUCUGCAGUACCUGUCCUGGAACCUGUCUUCGGUGCUGCAGAGCGGAGAAUGGGGCUCCAUCAGUGAGGACCUGCUCCUCUCCUUGCUCCAGCGCUCUGACCUUAUUCUGCAGAGUGAGCUGGAGCUCUACGAAGCCCUGGAGGCCUGGAUUAGCCAGAACCAGCCCGUCAGCUCAACAGUCGAAAGCGCCUUGAGGGCAGUUCGAUACGGCAUGAUUCCCCCUCAGCAGCUCUUCCGUCUUCAGAAGCAAUCCCCCCUCCUGCAGAAGUAUUACGAGUCUAUCCGCGAUCUCCUCUACCUAGCUUUCCAAUUUCACUCGGCCUCACCUAUACAACUGGCCAAGUACUUUGAUGUCAACUGCAGUAUCUUCACUCCCCGUAACUACCUGUCCACCUCCUGGGGUUCCCCCUGGGUCAUCAAUAACCCCACCCGUGAUGACCGCAGUUUCAGCUUCCAGACCCAGUUGGGGCCCAGCGGCUAUGACUCCAGUAAGAGAGUGACCUGGAAUGCACUUUUCUCCCCUCGCUGGCUCCCACUCAGUGCCAGGUCGACCUAUACUGAGCUGGGUGCCAUGCAGCCAACGCGCACAGAUGGAGGUCGACCUCGCAUCAUCGUAACACCGGCCACCUCCAGUCCAGACUUUGCCGGUGUGAGUUUCCAGAAGACGGUGAUCGUGAUGGCGAGACAACAAGGAAAAGUGGUGGUUCGCCAUGUCUACAACUUCCACCAAAGCACAGAGGAGGCCGGGGACUUCCUGGUGGAUGCCGACCUGCAGCGCCGUGUAUCAGAGUACCUGAUUGACAGCUCCCUCUAUCUGCACAUUGUAAUAAAACCUCUCUACCAUACUCUCAUUGUUGCCAGGAAGUAAAAGGCAGGAAUUUGGUGUGGUCUUAUCAUCAGUUAUACACCCUCCACCCACACAAUCACAUGCAUAUUCCAAAGUUAACUCAUCUCAUAGC